GGCAGCCGGACUGCCGGCCCCGUCGCGAAGUUUCCAGCCUGCUCUCGCCGCCCGGCUGGGCAGACGUCCCUAGGCCACUGCCAUGCGGCCCCUGCUGCUCCUGGCCCCGCUGGGCUGGCUGCUCCUGGCCGAAGCGAAGGGCGACGCCAAGCCGGAGGAAAACCUUUUAGUCCUCACGGUGGCCACGAAAGAGACCGAGGGGUUCCGACGCUUCAAGCGCUCAGCCCAGUUCUUCAACUAUAAGAUCCAGGCGUUGGGCCUGGGGGAGGAUUGGAAUGGGAAGAAGGAGACGUCUGCAGGUGGAGGGCUGAAGGUCCGGCUGCUGAAGAAAGCUCUGGAGAAGCAUGCAGACAAGGAGAACCUGGUCAUUCUAUUCACAGACAGCUACGAUGUGUUGUUUGCAUCGGGGCCCCGAGAGCUCCUGAAAAAGUUCCGGCAGUCCAGGAGCCGGGUGAUCUUCUCGGCCGAGGAGCUCAUCUAUCCCGACCGCAGGCUGGAGGCCAAGUACCCCGCGGUGUCCAACGGCAAGAGGUUCCUGGGCUCCGGUGGCUUCAUCGGUUAUGCCCCCAACCUCCGCAAACUGGUGGCUGAGUGGGAGGGCCAGGACAGCGACAGUGACCAGCUAUUUUAUACCAAGAUUUUCUUGGACCCAGAGAAGAGGGAGCAGAUCAAUGUUACCCUGGACCACCGCUGCCGUAUCUUCCAGAACCUGGAUGGAGCACUGGAUGAGGUCGUGCUCAAGUUUGAAAUGGGCCACGUGAGAGCAAGGAACCUAGCCUAUGACACCCUCCCGGUCCUCAUUCACGGCAAUGGGCCCACUAAGCUGCAGCUGAACUACCUGGGCAACUACAUCCCGCGGUUCUGGACCUUUGAGACUGGCUGCGCCGUGUGUGACGAGGGCCUGCGCAGCCUGAAGGGCAUCGGGGAUGAAGCUCUGCCCACAGUCCUGGUCGGUGUGUUCCUAGAGCAGCCCACGCCUUUCCUGACCCUGUUCUUCCAGCGGCUUCUGCGCCUCCACUACCCCCAGAAACGGAUGCGACUUUUCAUUCACAACCACGAGCAACAUCAUAAGGCCCAGGUGGAGCGGUUCCUGGCAGAGCAUGGUGGCGAGUAUCAGUCCGUGAAACUGGUGGGCCCCGAGGUGCGGAUGUCAAACGCUGACGCCAGGAACAUGGGCGCGGACUUGUGCCGGCAGGACCGUGGCUGCACCUACUACUUCAGCGUGGAUGCCGAUGUGGCCUUGACGGAGCCCCAAACCCUUCGAGUGCUGAUAGAGCAGAAUAAGAACGUCAUCGCCCCGUUGAUGACCCGCCAUGGGAGGCUGUGGUCAAACUUCUGGGGGGCAUUGAGUGCUGAUGGCUACUACGCACGCUCGGAGGACUACGUGGACAUAGUGCAGGGGCGGCGUGUCGGGGUCUGGAAUGUGCCCUACAUCUCGAACAUCUACCUAAUCAAGGGCAGUGCCCUGCGGGCUGAGCUGCAGCAGGCAGACCUGUUCCACCACCGAAAGCUGGACCCUGACAUGGCCUUCUGUGCCAAUAUCCGGCAGCAGGACGUGUUCAUGUUCCUGACCAACCGGAACGCCUUUGGCCACCUGCUCUCCCUGGACAGCUACCAGACCACCCACCUCCACAACGACCUCUGGGAGGUGUUCAGCAACCCAGAGGACUGGAAGGAGAAGUAUAUCCAUGAGAACUACACCAAGGCCCUGGCAGGGAAGCUGGUGGAGACGCCUUGCCCGGACGUCUACUGGUUCCCCAUCUUCACGGACACGGCCUGUGACGAGCUAGUGGAGGAGAUGGAGCACUACGGCCAGUGGUCUCUGGGGGAUAACAAGGACAGCCGCAUCCAGGGUGGCUAUGAAAACGUGCCAACCAUCGACAUCCACAUGAACCAGAUCAGCUUUGAGCGGGAGUGGCACAAGUUCCUGGUGGAGUACAUCGCCCCCGUGACGGAGAAGCUCUACCCGGGCUACUACACCAGGGCCCAGUUCGACCUGGCCUUUGUCGUCCGCUACAAGCCUGACGAGCAGCCCUCGCUCAUGCCCCACCACGAUGCCUCCACCUUCACCAUCAACAUUGCCCUGAACCGGGUCGGGCUGGAUUAUGAGGGCGGGGGCUGUCGGUUCCUGCGCUACAACUGCUCCAUCCGAGCCCCACGGAAAGGCUGGACCCUCAUGCACCCUGGGCGACUCACGCACUACCACGAGGGGCUCCCUACCACCAAGGGCACCCGUUACAUCGCUGUCUCCUUCGUUGAUCCGUAAUUGGCCAGGCCUGCCCACCUCGGACCUUUUCUCUUUGCCAACAACCACUGCCCAGCAGCCUCUGGGGCCUCAGGGUCCCAGAGAACCCGGGCCAGCCUCCAGGCUUUGGACCUCCCGUUGCCCUUGGAGCCACCAUUAGAGGGACUGGGCUGCAGGCCAGAGGCAGAGCGCACCUCCUUGGCUGGGGCUCUCCGGGUGCUCUGGCCCCGCCCUGGGAGGUGCUGAUCACUUUCACGGUUUUGUAGCAACUCGUCCUUUCCCGCCUGUCUUCCUGAAAAACCCAGUCACCCUUCCUCUGCUUCUUCCUUGGGACGGGACUUGGGCAGAAUGAGGGCUUACACACUGCCCAGAGAGCCUCGGGGAGAGAAGCCGGGCUCCAGAGCGUCUCCAGGCAGGGCUGCUGCCCCGGGGACUUCUGCUUCAAGUUUCAGGGUGGACACAGAGACCUGGAUCAGACUCAAGUCCCUACCCUGCCCCCAGGACUGCUGAAGCCCCUUCCUCCAUGGCUCCUGUCAUGAGACCAAAAACAUUGUGCCCUGGAGAUGGUGACUCAGAAAACCUCCUGGGAGAAGGAAAAACAUCAGUGCCUCAGAUCUAUCCUCUACUUGACCCUUGCUUGUGGGAAGGGGAGUGAUGUCCACACACUGCAGUGCAUCCCCCUGUCCUGAUUACCUGCGGAGAGAGGGACAGGCUGUCAGAGACAGGAGAGUUUCUAUUAAAGGUCUCAAACCACCAAGUGGGA